UCUGAUCUAGCGCUGCUCUCGUCCGUGCGGAGACUUGUUUGUGUCCGUGCUGUCCGUGUGUGUUGAACUUCUUUCGUUUAUGUAGUGAUUUGGUGUGUGUCAACGUUGUGAAUCACGAACGUUAGGUCGUGGUUCAGAUACCUCAUGAUUACCUCCUUGGCGUGAACGUAGGUAACGGCGAGGAGCGCAGCCGCACGACGUUGCGGUUCACCCGUGCCCUGCGACCCUACUACUUCGUGGAGCUGCAGUCCCCCAGGACUACCGCAGCCUAGAAUCGAUCAAGUCCCUAAAAUUAACAGGUAACUUCGCGUGUGCGAGUGUGUACACCUCUUGCCGGUCGUUCGCCGUGCACGAGAACUUCGACAGAUGUGGCGUCACAAUCUCAGAGCUUUCGCCCGCUGGGGCCUUCGUCAGCGGCCACCGGGGCAGCAGGCCGAGCACGCCGAAAGGCUCGUCGCCUCACCGGCGGAGGACCGUCGGGGCGACCGCGACGACCGGCGCAAGGAGACCUGCCACGAGGAAGGGCGAUGCUUCACCCGACGACCCGAAUGCCGCUUCGCCGAGGCGGUCGGCUGGGUGGUGAGUGCACGCGGACCGCUGUGUCGGAAAAGCUCGGAUGCGAACUCUCCGCCGCCACCGCAGGGACUCGCCGUGGGACUGAACGUGCAACUGCACUCUCGGCUGUGGCGCAACAACAACGACAGGCCGGAGGAGACCUCCCGCAAGGCGGGCUUAUGCGGCCUGCUGCAGAGCGUCGUAUUCCGGCUGGCGUCAGCGUCUCCGGCCGUGAAGUCCGUCCUGCCGGAGAGCGGCGCGGCUGCCGAGAGCGCGUCGCCCAGAAGUCCCGAUGAGGAGAUGUCGUCUGCGCUCCGCGAGUACCUGUCCCUGCUUGAGGAGUGCGAGGCGGCACGGCUGCUGGCACGAGGGGACACAGCAGGCAGCAUCGCCUGCUUCCAGAGGGCCCCGGACUCUGCGAGGGCCCAUUAUAACCUUGGCAUCUGCUACCAGGACGGACGAGGGGGCCUGGCGCCAGACAGAAACAAGGCCUUGGAGCACUACAGGGAGGCUGCCCUGCGAGGCCACCCCAUGGCCACAUACAACCUGGGGCUGCUGCUCCACCAGCAGCAGGACCACAGGGGCCUGCAGCUCCUCCAGACGGCUGCAGACCUCGGGGUCGCCCAGGCCCAGGCAUUCGUUGGCUACGUACGGCUGCAGGAGGGUCGUUUCUCGGAAGCUGUGGGCCUGCUCUCCCGGGCCGCCCAAGCUCAGGAUGCGGACGCCCUCUUCUACCUGGGACUGUGCAGCGAACGGGGCCUGGGAGUGCCCAAGGACCCCGGCCACGCCCUGCGCCAGUACAGCAGGGCUGCCCACGGGGGACACGCAGGGGCACGCGAGGCGAUUGCCCGCUUGGCCCCCGAACCCACGAAGGAGGCGUGGGGCGACGCUUUUUCGGCCGGCCCCCAGUUGUGCCCCGCCCAAUGAGACGGACGGAUGCGCGUGUUGACGUCCCUUUCAUUUUUAUUAGACUGCCCCGCAGAGGAAACUUCCACUCGUAUCCGUCUACCCACUAUAUCCUCCAAUCGGAACUCGGUGCCAAUACACCCCCAGACAGUACGAGCCAAAACACUUGAUCCUGCCUUUUUCGGCGUCUGCGGCCCCACAACUAGUGUGCAACCAUCUCGAAAACUGGCAGGUAGGCCAAAGAACCAGGAAGGACUACCUGCUCGUACUGUUCGCACCAUUAUCUUCUGCGCAAGGUACAGAAGUUCCCUCCAAUCGGAGCAUUACGUCACUGCACCCUCUAAAGAAGGAGCGGAAUAAUUUCUGCCCUUCGCGUCUACCCACAUCGUCCAAUCAGAGCUCAGCAUCCUGGAGAUGUGCUCCGCCCAUCGCAUCCUUUAAUCGGAGCUUGGCAUCGUGGAGCUGUGCCCCGCCCAAUGAGACGGGCGGAAGCAAGUGUGCCGGCCCUCCCUCCUUCGAUUUACUACAGCACCCCCGCAGCCUCCUCAAGGAAGUCCCUGUACAUGGCCAUGGCCCGCGCCACAAAGGCCUCUAGGUGGUAAACGGCCUUGGAGCCCAGCUGCAGCCGGUGCUCGUAGCGCGCCGCCUCCGACACCAGGGCGCAGCGCAGCUGGCCGUCACAGCUCGAAGAGAUCCCACGCACCAGGCCCUGAAAGGAAGAAGACGGUUGUGGCAGCCAUUACUGCAACGGACACCCAUCUGGACGUGCCACGUGCCACGUGCCUUCCCCAGCCUCAAACGGCAUUAGUGCUUUCGACAGCGUCCUCAGUCAGACGAAGCCUCCCGAGAGUCCGGCUAUGGUGCCCAGAACUCAUCCUCGAUUGGUGCAUUUAGCGUCCCAUCCCGCCCAUGCACCAAAAGUGGUCCUCGAGCAGCAACAAAAGACGUCGCGGAUGUUGGCACGGCGGGUUGCCGAACGUUGUGGCCCAACCGGUUGGUUACAGAAGUUUCGGCAAAACGUGCAAGCGAAAAUGUUGCCGUCUUCACGGCAUCCCAACUCCUGGAGGUAAGUGUGGCAGACAGCUGUUCCGACCUGCGGUGGAACGGUCGCCUGCCACAUCCACCUCCGGUACCGUGCCACUACCGGGAUCGCAGCAGACGACAGCAUGACGCUUCUGCGAUGAUGUUAGGCGAAAACUGAGGGACCACAUUUUGGAAUGCGGUCGGAGACGUAUUUUAGACACUUUAGUCUUAUGAGCCAGACUGUGAUGCAAGUGCCUCGGUGCACCGGUACAUUUUCUCUCACACAGAUUGUUCCAGAGGUACUUCUCGUCCUUCCGCCAAGACCCGGGGUACUUUGCGAUGCUAGGUACACGUGUGCCCAACCUUUCCUGUAUGUUCCAGUAUUGCAGUAGCGGUAGAAAUGUACAGAAUGCUCAUUUAGUUGUCCCACGCCUUAGAGUGGUCCUUUCCUGAUCACCCACUCAAAGGUUAUACUGUUUCCUUGCUAGUUCAAAAGGGCAAUGUAGUCGCCUCGGUGGCUAACAGUUCUACACGGCUGCUCGUCCUGGAGAAUCCCUUCCCUGGUGGAGUCUGUUCUCUACCAGUGACCGUGAGGUUGGUCUAUUUUGCGAGGCAAAGGGAGUCGCUCCAAACUUUUGAGACAAGCGCCAUUGACUUGUGGUUUGUGCGCAGUGAACUGGGUCAGAGUGCACAUGCUAUGGAGAGAAUUUAAGAUUCUCAAACAAGUGUUUUAUCCUCUUGCCAAUAAAGGACCCAAUAAUGUUAGCACAAACAAGCAA